GUCAGAUUAUGCGAAUGAUCACUGAUCAAAGCUUCGAUCGGUGCAUACAAAUUAUUUGAGAAAUAACAGUCAUAGGAGACAUAGAUAUUUUGGAUGUGUCUUAGGGAUUGAGUGGGGUUAUAUGGUUUCGUAGUAUUGAGAUAAUGACGUCCACUUGUUAUAGACCAACAGCUAAACAGGGUGAAUGCAGAAAGGCAACAAGAACAAACAGCAGGACAAAUACGGAAAGUGGCUGCUACAAGUAGAAUGUUUAAUAGAUUCAGAGAGUUAAACCGAGAUGUUGAUGUACAUUAUGUUGAUUACGAUCAGAACAAUCAGUUGCAUCGGCUUUUAAGAACCUAUUUCAUAUAUGAAACUUCAUUAGGGCGUAUUUUGUUAAAACGCCGUGUAGAUGAAUUAGUUGAUGCUGGUAUAGACAUCAACCUGGUGAAUAAGGAUAAAGAUACACCUUUAUCUUUAGCUGCUAGUAAAGGAUUGUAUGAAGUUGUGAUGUGUCUGUUAGAGCGUGGUGCUGAUAUGCAUUAUGUUGACGGCCGCCAGAACAACUUGAUUCACAUACUUUCAGAUAGCUUUAACGAGUGUUACAAUAAAACACGACGAGAUUGGUUAGGACAAUGUAUAGUUAAAUUAGUUGAAGCUGGUGUAGACGCCAAACAGGUUAAUGACGAUAAAGAAACACCUAUAGUUAUAGCUGCUAGAAAAGGGUUGUGUGAAGUUAUGACAUAUCUGUUAAAGCAUGGUGUUGAUAUAAAUUAUGUUGAUGGGCGCCACAACAAUCUAAUACACAUACUUUUAGAUAGCUAUGACAGUUAUGCCAAUAGAGGUUUACAUGCUUUGUUACAAUGUGUGGAUAAAUUAGUUGGUGGUGGUGUAGAUGUGAACCGGUUGAAUGAAUCUAAAGAUACACCUUUAUCUAUAGCUGCUAGUAAAGGAUGGUAUGAACUGGUGAUCUAUAUGUUAGAGCAUGGUGGGGAUAAACAUUAUGUUGAUGGUGACAAAAACAACCUGAUGCACAAACUUUUAUAUAUGUAUAGCCGUGAGGACAAUACAGGUGAAUAUGAGUUGUUACAACGUGUAGUAAAAUUAGUUGAUGCUGGCGUCGACGUCAACCAGGUGAAUGAUGAAAAAGAGACACCUCUACUUACAGCCGCUAGAUAUGGAUUGAGUAACGUUGUGAUUUAUCUGUUAAAGCAUGGAGUUGAUAUUGAUAGUUUGAAAGGGAAUAUUCUUCACUAUGUGUUAUGGUAUAUGUAUCGCUUUGUGCAAUUUGAAGAGAAAUAUAUACAUUUCGUUAAUACCUUAAUAAACACAGAAUCGGGCAUAAACCAACCUGACUAUAAAGGCAAUACCCCGUUGUUCCUUGUCGGUACAAACAAACCUCAUUCUAAUCACAUGUCUGGAUACAGCGAAUGUCUGGAUACAGCGAAAGGAAUACCUAUGAAAUUAGAUAGAGGAAAGAAUAUCCAGUGUCUAUUGCAAUGUAAAUUGAUUAACAUUUUGUUAAAAGCAGGUUGUAAUGUGAACCAUCAAAACACUAGAGGGCAAACGGCGUUAAUGCAUCAUAUAAUACAACAAGCUGAUAUCAGUAUAUUAAAACUGUUGAUUCCGCAUUCAGAUCUAAGUUUAACUGAUAAUAAUGGCAAUACAGCAAUUAGUUAUUGUGUUCAGUAUCACAUGUUCAAUUCGACAACCGUCUUUAAACUUUUAGUGGAUUCAGGUUCAGAUCUGAUGUCUCUUAACAACGGAGUUAAGUUAUUUCAUGAUAUCUUAAAAUCUAAGAGGCUGUGGGUGUUCAAUUAUUGCCUUAGUCUAAAUUUGAUUGUUAAUGGCGUUACAGCUGAAGGAGAAAAUAUGCAUCAUCUUUUAGCUGGUGUUAACUAUGAAUAUUCUUUAAAGAAAUUUUACUGGUUGCUAAGUAACGAUCUAGACAUCAACCACCCCUGUUCUAAAACCAACACUCCUACUAUGAUAGCUGCCUUUCUAUUAAACAGCAAAUAUUUAGAACUGUUGACACGCCACUCUAGACUAGAUAUCAAUACACAAAAUAACCAGGGUCAUACAGCACUUCAUCUGUGCAUCAUUGGUUUUACGAUGUUUAAAGAUGGCUUGAACAAGAGACAGGUAAAUGAUGUUGUUAAGAAUUGUUGUAAACAGAUAUAUCCAAUAUACAUGGCUUGUAUUGAUACUUUACUUGGUGUUAGGGGAAUAGAUGUUAACAUUCAAGAUGGUGGAGGUAGAACUAGUUUAAUGAUGGCUGCUAUGAAAAACGACAGAGUUCUUACAAGGAAACUACUUCAGACUGGUGCCAUAGUUACCGUGUUAGACUAUUCAGGAAGGUCUGCUCUACAAUAUCUUAAUAUUUAUCAGAGUGUGUUUGAUUUGACUUGUUUCAAAUUACUUCUAUCUAACGGUUAUACUGGUCUUCUCAAUUUACCCUGUAUAGAUGGUAACAAGAUUAUUCAAACAGUCCUGUGUUUUCCUCGCUUAUGGGAACCAUGUCGAGCAGUUCGUUUUAUUAGGUAUUUAGUUGCUAAAAACUGUUGUCUUAAUAUACUAGUAACAUCCCCAGUUGAAAGUAACUAUAACCAAAUUGUUCUGGAUGAGUUAAGCCUCCAAGAAAGGGAUACACUUAGAAAACUGUUAUAUCUUAGUGGCGCCCAAGGGGAGCAAAUUAUGACUUCUUUAAAUUUUGACCAGGAAGACAAACAAUAUGAAGAUAACGACAAAAUUCGCUCUCGAGACAGGGAAGAAUUCAUUAGUUUCUGUAGUAAUGUAUCUCUUAAGUCAAUUUGUAGAAGAUUCAUCAGACAGAAUCUUGGAUUGGGAAUAAAGGAGAAGAUGAAGGAUCUAGAAUUACCUCGUGAAUUAAAUGAUUUUCUCCUACUAAAAGAUGUUCUCCACCCACAUGAUUACAACUUAGACCAUAUGGAUUAUGACUGUAAUUAUUUUGAUGAUGAUGAUGAUUAUGAUGGUUAUGAUAUAGAUAAAGAUAGAAAUGAUGAUUAUAGUCAAUAUAACUACCAGUAUGUUACUCUCAAUACGGAUCAUGAACUAAGACAACAUUUCAUAGAAACAUCUAUAUUUCCUAAUGGUGAGGUAGAUGAUGAUAAAGAUGGUGAUUACAGCCUAGACCAUAUUGAUGAGUGUCUUAAGGUCAUAAUUUGUUGAAUAAUUCGCUUGCGCGUAGGAGUCUUUAGUAGUGGGAGGAAACCGACUUGAUGAUACAGCGCGUACGUGCUAACCAUUCGCCCAUCCAACCAGUUUGAAGAAAACCAGUUGAGAACCUCAACAUACUCUACCGGAUUUUGUGAAAAAUAGACCAUGCUUUCGUAAUUUAGUCAUUUCCGUGCUAUAACGACAGCAUCAAAGUUGAGAAGAAGCUACGACGAAAGCUUGAAAAACAAUGGAAGUGAACUGGACUGGAAAUCCACCGUCAGAUGUUUGUCAAACAACGCAUCAAAGUCAAUCAUAUGAUUCGCAAAUCCAAGACCGAAUACAUCAGUAACAAAGUGCUUGACUUGGAGACAGAUGCCAGGGAACUUCAUCGAGGCCAGAUGGCCAGACAGCCCAACAAGCAGCAACAGACAUGUCGACCUACUUUAAAGAAAAGAUCGAUACGAUACACAACAGUCUAGCCGCCAAUGGUAUUCCAGACAAGUCACCCAUUGCUGACAAAUGCGAACCUGAUCAUACCUGGUUGGACAUACAACCUUUUACAUCCGAGGAGGUUAAGAAGAUCAUCAAGACAUUGCCAACGAAAAGCUGCGAACUCGACCCAAUACCUACCACUCUUCUAUUAGAAUGUUUGGAUACCCUUAUCGGACCCAUAACUAAAAUCAUCAAUCUAUCAAUAUCAACUGGAUCUGUGCCAUUCUCAUUCAAAGAGGCUAUCGUUCGACCUUCACUGAAAAAGCCUGGAUUAGACAAGAACCAAUUGAAGAAUUACAGACCGGUCUCGAACCUCCCCUAUCUGUCAAAAGUUCUUGAAAAAGCUGUGUCCACCCGCCUAUCUUCAUACGUGAGUGCAAACAAUCUUUUAGAGAAACACCAAUCCGCAUAUCGGGCUUACCACAGUACUGAGACUGCUCUUCUAAAGGUUACAAAUGAUCUACACAUAGCAGCAGACAAGGGUCAGGUUUCAUCCCUCAUUCUCCCCGAUCUCUCCUCGGCCUUUGAUACCAUUAGUCAUGAAAUGUUAAUAUCAAGACUGGAAAAUGAUCUCGGCAGGUCCUAACCUGGUUCACUUCAUACCUCUGUAACAGAUCUCAGCGUAUUGUGGUUGAAGGAGAAACAUCAUCGCCAGAGCUUCUUCAACAGGGUGUCCCCCACGGAUCAGUCUUGGGUCCGGUACUAUUCACCCUCUACACCUUACCGCUCAGUGCUAUUGCCUCAAAGCAUGGGGUAAACCAGCACCAAUACGCUGAUGACAAUCAGCUGUAUCUAUCUACCCACGUUGACACUAUCAAAUCAUGCCCAGGCAAAGUCGAAUCAUGUUGCUCAGACAUCAAACAGUGGAUGCAAAACAGUUUUCUAAAGUUGAACGAGGAAAAAACCGAAUUCAUUCUCAUUGGUCCAAAAUCAAAAUUUGGCAAGAUUGAACAACCUGUGUCUAUCAUCAUAGGAGAUGCCACUGUCACAACAACAAUUAAGGUCAAGAAACUUGGAGUCUGGCUGGACCAACAUCUUAUAAUGAACGAUCAAGUUUCACAUAUCACAAAAACUGCAAAUCUGCAUCUGGCAAACAUCAGUAAAAUCAGGAACUAUCUAAGCCAAAAUGCCGCAACUAAAUUAAUUCUGUCACUUGUAAUCUCACGGAUCGACUAUUGUAACUCUCUUUUGGCAAACAUCUCUCAGCAGCAAAUAAGACGUCUCCAGAUUCUGCAGAAUACUGCAGCCAGAAAAGCAACCAAGACCAAGAAAAUUGACCAUAUUACACCUGUACUAAAAUCUCUCCACUGGCUUCCCAUAUCCUCAAGAAUAGACUUCAAACUCCUCCUGCUCGCCUACAAGUGUCUCCACAACCUUGCCCCAGUCUACCUAUCAGAACUCUUUCCUCUCUACCAGCCAUCAAGGUCACUUCGCUCGCAGAACCAACUUCUCUUCACAGUGCCUCGCGUCCACUCAACAUCCUUUGGAAAAGAAAAAGAUCCUUCUCUUACUCUGCAUCUAUUAAAUGGAAUUCUCUGCCACCCAGUCAAACCUCUCUACAUUCAAGACUCAACUGAAGACUUUCCUCUUUAAACAAAACUUUGAAUAGAUAACUAAAUUCUACAGCUACUUUCACAUCUACACCGCGCACAGAGCACUCACCUGGGUGGAUGUGGCGCAUUAUCAAAUGCAAUAUAUUAUUAUUAUUAUAACUCCCGUAACGCACUGUCUAUUUGUAUAAUUAAACUACCCAAAUGUGUAACAGGAAAUGUUCUAUAAGCAUACAUUGAUAUCCAAAAAGUCGCAUAAAAUACAUCAAUUUAAGGUUCAAAAUACAAUCUAUUGAAGUGAGACAGCAUAACGCAAAAAAUGGCUAUUUUGGGACAUGUUUAUUGAUGUAACUCAACUUCGAAGAUAUAUUGACCUAAAAUUUGGCGGUCUUUAGGAGAGAUCAUUAUUGCAAAUGUUGAAUAUAAGAAAUGGACUGUAAAUUCUGGAAAUUGUUUCCAAAUUGUGUAUAACAUCAACUAUAUACCUUAUAUAUUUUAUUCGUGUAUAUAAAUUAUAGUAUAGAAACACCUAGCUUGUAAUUGAUACACUAUAUACCUAAUUUAUAUGUAUGUAAAUAUAUAUCUAUCUUGUAUAAAAAUUAUAAAUUAUAGUGUAGUGACACUUACCUUGUAAUUGAUACACUGUAUACCUAAUCUAUGUAUGUAAAUCUAUAUUAUUCUUGUAUAUAUUUUUUUAAAAAAGGAACGUGUGUAUUUGAGUUUGUCGCAAAUAUACUAUUCAA